AUGGCUGAGGCUUUGCUUUCUGCGGUGCUGAGGCAGCUGGUUUCCAUCGUUACUAAGUUGGGAAACCAAGAGCUGAGACUGGUGAAGGAUGUUGAAAAAAGUGUCUCAAAUAUCCAAAAAAAGCUUGAAGACAUACAAGCUGUGCUGGAGGAUGCCGAAAGGAAACAACUGGAUGAUCCCAGUGUUAGACGUUGGUUGGGUAAGCUCAAAGAUGUCUCUUAUGCCACCAACGACGUGUUGGACGACUGGAGUUCUGAAAUUCUCAAAUCCCAAAUUCCAAACCAUGUUGAAGAGGAAGAAGGUGAUCAUCAUCAAAAAGCUGAUCUUGUUUCAAACAAGAUGAUGAAGAAGAAGAAGGUAUGUUUUCCAUCACCCUCUUGUUGCUUUUGUCUCAGCCAACUUAAACAAGUUGGUGUUCGCCGCGAAAUUGCUCACAGAAUCAAAGAGCUUAAUGAAACAUUAGAUGAGAUUGCCAAAGAGAAAGAUGCUUACUCUUUGGAAAAAACAAAUAAUGCUUCCCCAAAAGAGAGAAGAGAGACUACCUCAUUUGUUUAUGAGCCUGAUGUCGAUGGUCGGGAUGAGGAUAAGAAUCUUGUAAUAAGUAAGUUGUUAAGUGAUGAGAGUAGUGAUAAAGGUCCUGUUAUCAUCCCUAUUGUAGGGAUGGGGGGACUCGGGAAAACCACUCUUGCCCAACUUGUAUUCAAUCAUGAAAAGAUCAAAAUGCACUUCAAUGAGAGAAUUUGGGUGUGUGUUUCCGACCCUUUUGACGAGGUUAGAAUUGCCAAAGCAAUUAUUGAAUCUCUCAAAGGCUGUCAGGCAAAUUUAGAUACACUGGAAGCUUUAUCACAUCGUAUUCGUGAAUCUAUUGAGGGGAAAAAAUUCCUUCUUGUCUUGGAUGAUGUAUGGAGUGAUGAGCGCGAAAAAUUGGAAAAGUUAAUACAACCACUUAGAUGUGGUGCUGUAGGAAGUAGACUCUUGGUAACAACAAGAAAAACUGAAGUUGCUAAUAUGAUGGGAGUGACCUCGUCCCAAAUCAUUUACCUGGAUCUGCUGUCUGAUGACCACUGUUGGAAAAUAAUUAUGCGACUUGCAUUCGAGGAAAGAAAUGAUGAAGAGUCAAAACAACAAUUAGAGGGAGUUGGGAAGGAAAUUGCAAAAAAGUGCAAAGGCUUGCCUCUUGUAGCAAAGACCUUAGGAUGUCUGAUGUUUUCAAAGGAGACCUUAAAGGAGUGGGAGGAUGUUCUUUCUAGUAAACUCUGGGAAUUGCAAGAUGAACAAAGCAAAACUUAUGCUCCAUUUUUCCUGAGUUAUAAUGACUUGUCUCCUCGACAAAAACGUUGUUUCUCAUAUUGUUCUGUAUUUCCUAAGGAUUUUAAGAUUGAGAGAAGUAGCUUGAUUGAAAUGUGGAUGUCACAGGGUUAUUUAAGUGGUAGUCCUCAAGAUAUGGAGAAAGAAGGUGAAAAAUGCUUUAAAAUUCUAAGCAUGCGGUCUUUCUUUCAAGAUUUUGAGCGACGCAUUGAUGGAAGCAUUCGUUCAUGCAAAAUGCAUGACAUAUUGCAUGACUUUUCCCAAUUUUUGACAACAAAUGAAUGCUCUGCCAUGAAAGUUGAUAUGGAAGAAAUAGAGCCUCUUAGUGUUGAAAAAGUGCGCCACUUCACAUUGCAAACAUCUAAACUGGGCGUAGCCAAAUUUCCUACCUCAACAUUUCAUCAAAAUAAUUUGCGUACCCUGUUCCUAAAUUUUUCAGGUUCUCGUUUAUUUGAUGAUGAUUAUGAUAUGUUGUUCUUUCUUCAAAUAUGCGGUAUUCAAAAACAUAUUCGAACACUAUAUUUGGAGAAAUGCAGAAUUAGAAAAGUUCCAGAGCAACUUGGCCAGUUGAUACAUUUGAGAUACCUCAACUUAUCGUUUAACUCCAGUUUGAGAGAAUUGCCUGAUGAAGUAUGUGAUUUGUGUAAUUUACAGACUUUAAGAAUUAAAUACUGUCAGAGUCUUCAAAGGCUACCAAAAGGGAUGGGGAAACUAGUGAAUUUGAGACACCUUUACUGUUUAGGUUGUUCUAACUUGGAAGGAAUUGCCAAAAGGUAUUGGUAG